GUAUGUUUUGUUUCUACAAAAGCAACCUCUGCUCUGACCUCUGACCAAUAGCCUUGUGUCCUUCCGCCGCCGCGAACGGGGCUAUUGGCAAUACUAAAACAUUCAUUGAUAAUGAAGCUCUAGAGCAGCCGAAGUUGCCAAGGCGCCAGGGGUGCGAAAUACCAUGGACAAUUUGUCCCUCCAAGUCGUGGACCCGCUGCUGGGCAACGCCCAAUACUGCAAGGUUAAGGACCUUGGAAUUGGGAGCUUCGGCAGCGUCGCCCUCUACACCCGGAACGAAGGCCGUGGGGAACCAUCGCUAUGUGCGGUGAAGUUCAUGAACCGGAGCGGACCGGGGGUGGACAUCAACCUUAUUCAGCGCGAAAUUCAGUCCCAUCGCGUACUGCGCCACCCCCACGUCAUCCGCUUCAAGCAGCUGGGGCUCACGCCCACGCACAUCUUCAUGUGCAUGGAGUUCGCUGACCAGGGCGACCUCCUCGGCUUCCUGCGGCGCAAGGGGCCGCUGCCGGAGGCCGACUCGCGCUGGCUCUUCCAGCAGAUCAUCUUCGGCCUGGAUUACUGCCAUCUCAAAGGAGUGGUCAACCGCGACCUCAAGCCCGAGAACCUGCUGCUCAAGCUGACGCCGGAGGCCAGCAAAAGGCACAGGAAGCACCAGCUUGCGGAGCGCGAGCAGCAAGCCCAGGUCCGCGCACAGCUCGAGGCGCUGCGGCUGCACCAGCACCAGAACCGGCUCGAGCGGCUGCGGCAGGAGCGGGAGGAGGCGGACGCGGCGGCAGGCGGCGCCGGGGCCACGGCGGGCAGCCGGGAUCCACUGCCGGAGCUUGACCCGCUGCCGCUGGCGCCGCCGCUGCCGCCUCUCGGGCUGGUGGAGCACCGCACCAGCAACACAUUCAACCUGCACAUCAAGAUUGCGGACUUUGGUCUGUCCAAGCGCGCCGCCCACUCGCUGCCCAAGACGCGUGUGGGCACCAUCAACUACAUGGCUCCCGAGGUGCUGCUGGCGGGGCCGGCGCAGCGCUACGACGGCGCCAAAGCCGACAUCUGGUCCGCGGGCGUGGUGCUCUACGCAAUGCUGUUCUCCCGCGUGCCCUUCGAGACCCCGCCCGAGCAGCAGCAGCAGGCAGCAGCAGCGGCAGGGGGAGCGGGGGCGGCUGCGCCGGGCGGCGGCGGCGGCGGGGGUCGGGACCGGGCGGCCACCAUUCAGCGCAUCUUGGACGGCGCGUGGGCCGUGCCGCCCGGCAUGACCGUGUCACCGCAGGUGCUUCACCUGCUGACCCAGAUGCUCCAGCCCGACCCCGCCCGCCGCAUCCCCAUGUCUGCCAUCAUGGAACACCCAUGGUUCCGGGCCGGCCUGCCGCCCGCCGCGCUCACCAUGAACACAGCGUUGGUACGGCAGCAGGCGCAGCAGGCGGCGGCGGGCACAGCCACAUCGGGGGAGCAGCCCGAGGCCGAGAUCGACGCCAUCCUGGACGAGCUGCGUGACCAGGUCGUGGCGGAGCGCGAGGCGGCGGCGGCGGCGGCGGCGGCUGCUGCUUCCGCCAGCCGCAGCAGCAACGACUUUGCCGCAGAGGAGCGUCGGAACUUCGAGGUCCGCGGCAUAGACCAAAUCGACAGCCCAUCACACCGCGGCGGCGGCGGCGGCGGCGGCGGCCGGCCGCACGGCACCGCGCCGCCGCGCAUGCAGCUGCCAACGCAACAGGCAGCCGCCGCCGCCUGGGCCGGCGGGCACCAGCACACGGGCACUGGGGCAGGGCGGGCGCCCGAGCACGACGCGGCAGGCGCCAAAAGUCCUGACGGGAGAGGGGUGGGCGCGAACGGUGCAGCCGCGCCCGACUCGCAAACCUUGUCGCUGCCGCGAGGCCUGAGCGGCAGCGGCGCGCAGAGCGCGGCCCCGCCCGCCGCCGCCGCCGCCGGCAACGGCGUGGCGCCGCCAGGGCCUGGCGUGAUUGGGGUGCAGGGCCUUUCCGCGCCGGUGCCUCCAGGAUUGGCGGUGGAGGCGGAGCCUGCCGCUGUCGGGUGUGUCGGGACGUCAGCGCCCGCGCACUCGGGCGGCCACGGGGUGACGGAGAGGGAUGCGACGGCGGCGGCUGCCGCCGCCGCAGCCAACCGACACGCGCGGACGGAGGCGGCGGCGGCCGAGGUGGCGGCGGCGGCGGCUAGGCAUGGGGAGCGGUAGGCCCUCGCUUGCCGCUGGGGGCGGCUGCCACCUGGGGGCAACCCAGCACACGGGGGCACGCCAUGCAUCCACAGGCGAGGGAGGAGGGAGGGCCGGCGAGGGAGGUCCGUCGCGGCAGGCGACGCGGGCUGGCGCGGCGGGCCCCUUCGGGCAUCAUAGACAACUUCCGCCGUCAUCAUCGUCAUUGCCGUCUGCUGGCGGCACCGAUGCGCCCUUGCCGACAUACCGUAGUAGCGAUAGGAGCAGAUAACUCUGGAAAGAAGGAAGGCAGGAGGUCGCACACCCGGCGGCGCAAGGGAUGCGCGGAGUGGCGCAGCACGUAGCGCCGCACAUAUGGCACAUGUAUGAUUGCCACAUCUUCUUUUUGUUGCCCGGAAGCAUGCUCCGUGGAUUGCUUCUGGAUUGCUUCUGCAUUGCUUCUGCAUUGCUUCUGGAAGCGCACGUGAACGCAUGGAAUAUGGUAUUGGUUGGCACAGGGUGGACGCAAACGCAUGGAUCGGGGCUUGGGAACGACGAGAGCACCAGCCUACAGCCCACUGCAGGCAAGGACGUCCAUGCUUCAGUCUUUCUUUUGGUUGCAGGGGCAUGCCAGUUGUUGGGGACACGCCGGUUUGUGUGUGAGUUAAUAAGGAAGCGAAAGCCCGCCCAACGAUGGCGCCAAAGUUACUUGCCUGUGUGUGCGUGGGUGCGUGCGUGUGUGCGUGUGUGUGUGCGUGCGUGUGCGCAUGCGCAUGUGCGUGUGUAUGUGGCCUUCUAGCCGAGUGCACGGCGGCGCCCCUGGGGUGGGCGGGUGGUGCAACAGCACAAGGGGGAAGGAUCGACACUGUGCAUACGAAUGCGCAAGCAAGCAGCGGGCCGCAGUGGUCGUGUGUGCUUGUGUGCUGCGAGGCACAUGCGCCGGCACCGGGCGUGGAAGCAGACGUGUCAACAGAUAGUUUGCAUGCGAGUUCGGAGGUGUGACGUGCCCGGCGAAUUUGCAACCACUUUUAUGGUUGAAAGCGCCACGGACUCCAAUCAGUUUCAGAAGGACCUUGAUACUUGAUAGUGAUGCUUAAUUUGGACGGGUGUGGGCAUCCGUCGCCUGCCGUGCUUCCAGCGUGGGCGCUUAGCUCGGAAUGUGCCUAAUUGCCCGCCUGCCCCAAUUUGGCCCACUUGCCCGUGCGGCUGGCCCGCACGGAUUCAGAGCCUGCCUGAUUUAAUAUUGCAUGGUUAUA